AACAUUUUUGAGCGGGUUUUAUUUUUCAGAAUCGGUCAUCAUUUUGCGAAAUGAAAACGAAGCAUCCAUUCAUUGACGAGUGCGCGUUUAAAUUUUACAAUUAGAAAUUCCAGGUGAUUCCGCGUUUUAAUAGAAAAAGAAAUUUACCAAAAGUUGCGUCAAAAAGUGUUUUGCUUGGGGAAAGUGGAUUUGAUUGCGUCGGUGUCGUGAAAUUAAUUGUUUCGGACCUGAUAGCCGACAACUACUUGCGUGCAUUGCGGUGGCCUCCUGGUGAUUAUUGGGAUUAAUUUUUCUCUUAACUCAUCGAUUCGGCUCUGUGUCCGAUUCAAGUUCAGCAAACUGGACGGCAAGGAGACUAAAACCGCCGGCAAUAGUAGUGGAAGUGGUCUUGCCGCCACUGCUGGUAAUUCCACUACUGUUAAGAACCGUAAGACGGUUCCUAAAAAGAAGGACAAAGAUCCGGAGGUAGCCAAACAACCGAAUCUUAAAAUGGAACAUCAGCUUCAGACAGAUCAAGAGCUUUUCAUGCAGGCCUUUGAAAAGCCUACACAAAUCUAUCGUUACCUCCGCCACCGGAAUCAGAUGUCGCCCAUUUUUUUGAACCGAAAUUUAUCCUACAUGCGCCAUCGAAUGUCCCGAUCGCACAAAACGCGUAAUACUUUCAAAAUAGACACUAUGCUGGCUCAAAAAAUGAAACAAAGAAAUGAUAAAGCAAACGGUGUAGCAUUCAGUGGGGAAUAUUUGACGAUUCUUUUCCUGGGGUUCUUUGAACCGAAUACAACCGAUGGAUCCGUUGACGGAAUGAAUAAUAGAAUGGAUAACAGGGUGGCAAAUAGUUCCGGCAGCACAGUGCAGGUCGAGACAAUUCUUCUGAAAAUUUCCCACAACAAACGUAAGGAUAUUUCGUCCGCUCUGAUGCACGUAGCAGUCGGGAAAUCAGACGUGUCUCUGAACCCAAUGGAGAAGGCUACUGAAAAUAAUAAAGUACCUGCUAUUAGUAUUGCCACUGAGUCGUUCAGUACGGUUGGAAUCAACCAAGUAGCCGGACCACAAUUAUCAUUCCUUCUCCUGUUUCGAGUGCAUGUCCAUACAACUGGGGGAAACGGGUACUGUUCAAUUACGAAUGGAGAUUCCUACGAAAAUGGUUGCAGUGACGAUGAGCCUUCCGCCAAAAGACAGAAAAUAACCGGCACAACAAGAUUGUACAGUACUGAGCUAAUUAUUUUUGAUAAAUACGGACGUUGUAUGUUGAAAGAGGGAGAUUAUGCGCUUUCGGUGCAAGAAAUUUCACCUCAUCAACAACAAUUGCAGAAAUAUAAUUCCCCCAAAAAGAAUUCCACCUGGGAAACAAUUAACGGUGAUCGUAAUGAUGGCGAUAUUAUGGAAAUUUAUAAACAACAAAACGGUUUAGAUGAUCAAAAUCCUGUCGUAGUAUACGAUACACUGCCUAGGCUGAAAUUUCGUUUGCAAUGGACGAAAGAAGCGUUUCUGGGUCUUGUAGAUAGGCCUGAACCAAUAUUGAUAAACGUUAAUAAUAACGAGGGUAACGAUAAGGAGAAUUAUAAACCUGAUCAUCAGCUAAACAGCUAUAAAAGAAGCCUUAAUACAAAUAUCAACAACAAUAGCAUUCACACUUCAUCUGUAACAACUGGGCAUCCUCAAAACUCACCUCCGGUAGACGCUAACUCCACAAGUGCUGCUCCACUGACUUCUUCGUCGAAUAACUCCAAUCAAGGAGAAUUGAAUCGGUAUUCAGAUGAACCGAAAAUAGAUCAUAUCAUCUACCAAUUUAUCUACAACAACAACUCUAGGCAGCAAACGGAAAUGAAGUCCGAUUUUUAUUGUCCAUGGUGUAGCUUAAACUGCGGCUCUUUGUACCCGCUAUUGAAGCAUCUCAAACUUUGUCAUGCUCGGUUCAUUUUUACUUAUAUUCCGAUCCCGAAUGGAGCCCGAAUCGAUGUCUCUAUCAAUGAGCUGUACGAUGGGUCAUACAAUGGUUCACCUCAUGAUCUGCUCGGUACCUUCAACGCUUUCUCGCGGAGAGGUCCUGUACGUCGAACUUCCAUUACCAAUUUACUGAUUUGUCGUCCGCGAAGGCAGAAGCACAGUAUCACUGAGUUUAUUGAAUGUGACGAAAAUGAAUUCGAUAGUCAGCGACCGUUUAUCACCGGGCAUAAUAGGAUGUAUCAUCAUACGAAGACAUGUCUACCAGUACACCCAAAAGAACUGGACAUUGAUUCGGAGGGCGAGAGCGAUCCCCUUUGGCUACAGCAUAAAACGAUGCAGAUGAUUGAUGAAUUUACCGAUGUUAAUGAAGGCGAGAAGGAGCUGAUGAAAAUGUGGAAUUUACACGUAAUGAAAUAUGGUUACGUAGGCGAUUGCCAGAUUCCAAUCGCUCUUGAGAUGUUCAUCGAGCGGCGUGGCCAGGAACUUUUGAGGAAAAACUUGUAUCGCAAUUUUGUGCUUCAUAUGAGCUCGAUGUUUGACUUUGGUUUAGUUUCGCCAGAAGCGAUGCAAAAGACCAUUCGGAAGCUACAGAAAAUUUUACAUGAAAAUCCCGGGCUUCAAAACCAGAUUCGAGAAUCUCGACAGAAGCAAAUGAGCUACUGGAACACCGUAACGAUUCAUAAACAAGCACAGCCAAAGACAGAGAAAGGAACAGAGAAAACGGGCGCUGGCGCUUAUGGGACUUUAUCCGCCGCUCUCAAUAAGAACGGCCAGAGCAGCGGUAUGGGAAGCGAGAAAAAGGUCAAGCCAACAAUGACUCCUGCUAAGCACAGUAGCUCGACCAACCAACCAGCUGCCGUAAAAACUGCCAUUUCACCACCCCGUCGUAGAAGUGCGAGUGCAGCGCUUCAUUCUAACGCAUCAUCUGCCAACAACAACACUGCCAACAACAAAGACACUAGCCAAACAUCAUCAUUUACUAUCCCUGCCUCCAACAGCAGUAGCUAUUCACAAUUCAAUUCGUCUUCUUCUACCUCACACGUCUUCAAUAAACGCUCGUGUACAACCACCAAUAGUGCCGGAUCCGGUGGCAGAGGAGGUUCUACCGGCAACAGUUCAAUCAGUUCAAAAAGCUCCUCCAUCACCACUAGACGAAAAUCUCUUUCUGUGAGCACACUACAACAGCAGCAACAGCAGAGGAAACGAUCUCUCAACUGACUCCACCACCGCCGAGGCAGCGAGAUUUUAUCCCCAUGGGCAUCGACAACAAACCCAUCUGCGAUAUCAAAGAUACGAGUCUUUAAAUACGAGUGAGCGCGUGUUAGAUGAAUGUGUGAUAGGUGUACCUUAAUGUGUACAGAAGUAGAUUUUAAAUAAUAUAACAGUUUUUAACAAAUCUGGAACGGUAAAUGGUUAAAAAUAACUUUAUAAAAUGAUUCUAUCAACUCAGUUUUGAGAUGUUUUCUUAACGCAAAAUGGUAACCGAACGUGCUCUGUUGGGACAGGGAAACAGGAAAUUUGAAAAGUUAUUUUUUUUUGGCCAUGUCAAAUUUUUGGAACCGUUUAUCGUAAAAAUACAUUCGUUUUGGUUAAAAUUACUCCACAGCAAAAGAUUAAUUUAACUUUGCUUCAGUUCAAUUACACAUAAUCAAAAAUUUAAAAAACGCGUGCGGUUGAAUAACCCUCGGAUUGACUAAAAAUAUAGAAGAAAGACUAUGUAAGUGAUAGAUAAGUCUUAGCAGAAAAAAAACAGUGAAGCAAAACCUUUAAUUCGAUGUACGGAACUAGCAGGCUGUAGGAUUUCCUUGAAUAUUGUGUCUAGACUUAAGUUUUUCGACAUCCUGCAAUAACACGUGCGUGCUUGUCAUAGAAGCAAUGGUUUGCAGGCAACCGACUAAUCGACUGAGAACAUCUAAUAGACUCAUUUAGAUGCGUAAAAUAUUCCCAGGGAACUCAAAAACCUUAAAACACUGGCGAGAAAUACAAUCUCAAUCUUUUGGGUCAAAUUUUCCGUAGAUUUGAAAUAGAUGCAAAUGCAUUUACCUAAGUAUAUAAUAUUAAAUUAACUGCAAAGUGUUGAGAUAUAUAAAAUGAAGACAAAAGGUAUGUUAAACAUUAAAAAAAAUUCUCAAAGAAAAUGUUUUAAAUUCAAUCAUCAUUACUUUACUGUCACAUUUAGGCAAGUUACAAUGGAUCAAAGGAAAUCGUGAUAAACUAUUACCAAUCGGAUUGUUAUUGUUUCCAGUAAUUAUUUUCGUUUGUAUAAUUGUCAGUAAAAAGAAAGUUUAGCCAUUGAUUUCUUUGUUUGCUUAUAGGGCAGAAACGGUUUUGCUGCUUUCUUUUAAUAUUUGUUCCAUUAAGGUUUCUGCAGAUUUGCAAUAAAAACUCGACAAAAUAUACACUGACGAUAAAGUAUGGCAACAUGUAAUA